AUGUACAUGAUCAACCAGCCCAGCCAAGAUCUGUCAGAGGAUGUCUGGUCACGUCCAAAUUGGCCUCCCCACCUAGAGAAGAUUUUUGUAGAAUCGUUGAUUGAGGAAAUGAAGAACCUUUUGGGUAUAAUUCCCAGUGGCUUUAAAGAUGAAUCAUGGGAUCGUGCACAUCCCAAGAUUAUGCCAUAUCGAAAAUAUGGCUGCCCAACAUACAAUGAUUUAUGCACUAUCUUCACCCGACCAAGGGCCACUGGAGAAUAUGCCUUUGGCGUAGGGGGCUAUCGGUCUCACAACAACAACAUUUUGUGCUCAAGGGAGAAUGUUAAUAUUUCUAACAGGCGGACCAAAAGACAGUUUGCGGAGGCACCAAGUUCAGGUCCCAACAAGAGAAACAAGAUAGGUUGUGGUAACAGAAAAGCAGGUGUGAUUUUGGGGAUUGGAACUGCUUCAGGAUCAAACCAAACUGCAGUGACUCAAAAUAACGAUCCAUAUUCUUAUUGUUGUUGCAUUACUGCUAUAAAUGGGAUGCAAGGGGUUGAUCGGCGCCUUUAUAGUGCUGCUAUGGAUUUGUUCCGAGACCUAACCUGGAGAAAAACUUUUAUGUCAUUGAAAAGUGAGAAACGGUUGUCUUGGCUGAAGGCCAUGCUCUCCAGUGGUGCAUGA